CCAAAGUACAAAGGGAAAAAAAAUGAAUGCCAAAUUCCAUUUUCGUUGAAAAGGCCUAAACAGAAAACCUUGUACAGAUAAUUCUUAUCUGUCAUUCCCUCUUCCACUGCAACUAUAUAAACCACACAAGUACAAUAGUCUCCUUACAACAAACCUCGGAGCAACAGAGAGAGAGGGAGAGGGAGAGGGAGAGGGAGAGAGUACAAAUUAACAUGGGUGUGUUGAAAUUAUCCUCCAUGAGUAAUAUUUUUCUUGUUGUGAGUUUCGUAUUAGCUUGUCCAUUACUAUUGGUUUCAGCUCGAGUCGAGCCGGGUCGGCUCAGCCGAGAUGUGUUGCGGGAACAAGAGUUAGACCGGGUUGUAAAGCUUCCCGGGCAGCCUCCGGUGAGUUUCCAGCAGUAUUCGGGUUACGUAACUGUCAAUGAAAGUCAUGGAAGAGCUCUGUUCUAUUGGUUUUACGAAGCCCUGGAAAAUCCCGAAACGAAGCCUGUCCUUCUCUGGCUCAAUGGAGGUCCAGGAUGUUCAUCAAUUGGGUAUGGGGCAUUAGAGGAGCUUGGGCCUUUCUUAUCUCAAAAAGGCAAACCAGAGCUAAUGUUCAACAACCACUCAUGGAAUAAAGCGGCCAACCUUUUGUUUUUGGAAUCCCCUGUUGGUGUUGGAUUUUCAUACACUAAUACAAGCAGCGAUAUCCAGCAGCUUGGCGACACUGUUACAGCCAAGGAUUCAUACGUAUUUCUUGUCAACUGGUUCCGAAGGUUCCCACAAUUCAAGUCACAUGAGUUCUAUAUUGCUGGAGAAAGCUAUGCAGGGCACUAUGUUCCGCAACUUGCCGAACUUAUUUUUGACAACAAUAAGAUUGUUUCAAAGGAUGACUUCAUAAACUUCAAAGGUUUCAUGAUUGGGAAUGCAUUAAUGGAUGAUGAGACAGAUCAAACGGGGAUGGUCGAGUAUGCGUGGGAUCAUGCUGUGAUAUCAGAUCGGGUGUACCAUGAUAUAAAGAGCCAAUGCAACUUCAGCCUUCAAAACCCAUCCAAUGGCUGCGACCAGGCCCUCAAUGAGUACUUUGAUGUUUACCAGAUCAUAGACAUGUACAGCUUGUAUUCUCCUACCUGUGUUGAGAGUAAUUCCAGCAGCACUAGACAGCAUCCUGGGACCCGUGGCAUUGCUCCUCACUUAUUUUCCAAAAUUAACGGGUGGCACAAGAGGCCGACUGGUUAUGACCCAUGUGCAUCUGACUACACCGAAGUGUAUUUGAAUAGACCAGACGUUCAAGAAGCACUACAUGCCAAUGUCACCAAAAUUUCCUACCCAUGGACCCACUGCAGUGAUACUAUUACAUUUUGGAGUGAUGCACCAGCUUCCGUACUUCCCAUAGUAAAAAAGCUUGCUUCUGGAGGCCUCCGCAUAUGGGUUUUCAGUGGUGAUUCGGAUGGCCGAAUUCCGGUAACAGCGACGAGGCUCACAUUGAGAAAACUUGGAUUGAACGUCACGGAAGAUUGGUCUCCUUGGUACACCAGGCAUCAACAGGUUGGUGGGUGGACAGUUAAAUAUGAUGGACUAACGUUUGUGACAAUCAGAGGAGCUGGGCACCAAGUUCCAACUUUCAAACCCCGGCAAGCCCUUCAGUUGAUCUUUCAUUUCUUGACCAAUGAGAAUUUGCCAUCUGUUCCAUAUUAAAAUAUUAGCUAGAAUGUAUUGUUAUCUCUUUCGUGUUUUUACCUAAUGAAAUGAAAGCAACAGAUCACUUCAAAUUUGGUGAAAUCCAAUCUGGUUCUUCGUU